CGAAAAGUAGUUCAAGGUCAUUGGUUGUCGUAGCAUCACAACGGUAACUUUCGAAAAAUGCACGAAUGUUUGAGAGCAAAAUGUCAUAUCCUUGGUUGGUGUUCAGUGAUCGUAUUUAAGUGUUUAGGAAGCCCAUAUUGUGGAAAAACAUCAAUUGUUCAAUCAUUUUGUAGUGGUGGCCGGGACUUCCCAAAGAACUACCUUAUGUCCAAGACGGUUGAAUUCGCUGUAAAAACAAUGACAAUACCAGAAGUGGAUGACAGCAUCGUGCGGUAAAGUGAACAGUAAAGAACUUAUUUCCUAGGAAUUGUUCUUAUAUAAUAUCCCAGGCAAAGAAGUUUUCAGGAUCCCAUGAAUCAUUAUAUUAAUAUGACCAACCUUAUCGUUGUUGUUUUUGAUGUAACUAACCAGGAAAGUUUCUCCAGUGCAAAGCUUACCCUGAGAGAAUUACGGAAACCUAAUAAUAUACGUAUACCGGUCGUUCUUGUGGGGAAUAAAACAGACCUGAAAGAGAAGCAUAUCAACAAUGUGGAAAAAGCCCGAGGGUUAGCGGAUGAUCUAGGCAUUCCGUAUUUCGAAACUUCUGCUAAGGAAGCAGUUGGUAUUGAUGUCCCUUUUCUACAUCUCAUUAAGGAAUAUUAUGAACUGUACAAUGAUGCAGUCAAUGACUAUCAAACUUUAGUAUAAUUACUAUAUAUAUCUUCAAUUGAUGUAACACGUGUUUUUUUUCACUGACGGUUGGGAUGUUUGAUUCUAUGAUGGUUCUUCAGUGAGAAACAGCUUUGAAACAUUUAAGCACUAAACUGCAGUAACCUUAAAGUAAAUGAAUAGUCUUUGGGUGAUAAUGAUGCCCAUAUUAGGUUGUGUCUAUUUCCAUAAUAAAAUGUGAACCCUAGUUGUUGCUGAACAUUUUAUUGUAUUUAUGAUGUUAAUUUGAUCGUUUUAAAUGCAUAUUAGAGACAAAUGCCGUUACAUUCAUGUCCUGUAUUCAGAUAAAAAAAUCGACAUUCAUGUAGAG